GCCAAGAUAGUAUAGCCAGAAUGUAAUGGAAUUUAAGAGCUAUGUGCAGAGAUUGAAAGAAACAAAAGGUUCAAUAUCGCGUGUUAUGUGAAACACCGACGCCCAAUUUAAGAUCAGCCCGUGCGAUAAUUUAGGCACAUUAAAUUUUAAUCCAAUUCUAAUUAGGUCCGUCUGUGGAUUUUACGUGGCGUCAUGGAUUUGAAUUUUUCUUCUUAGGAAUGAAACAAAACUACAAUCAGUGUAUAAAAAAACAACAUCAUAUUGCAAACUAAGUGAAAAUCAUGGAUAUAAACAUGGAUCCAGAUUUUGAGGUUGGAGAUAAUGUUCGAGCGCCUCCUCACACCAAAAUACGAGAUAUUUUCCUAGAGGAUGAUACCCUGACACUAUGGAAGCCUUCGAAUGAUGGAAAACAGUACUAUCUCAUACCAGGCACAUUGAAAGACUCGACCUUGACCCCUGUGCUACAGUCGUAUUACACCAAGUUCGACUGUGUGACGAGUACGCUCACUUUUGACGAUGCUGUGCCAAUUUUCGCGAGCCAAAGCACAACUCUCCGGCCGACCGAUGAUUACAGUGUGUUGAGAGACUAUCACAAAAUCCAAGGUCUGUGGUUUAAGCCCGAUUUGGAAGAAAGGUUGGGCCCGGACGAUGAAUCUUCCUUGGGCAACAUCAAACUGUCUAUUUCGCUGGCCACACAUGACAAUGAAAGUAUAUUUUCCAACAUGAAUAUUUAUUUCUUGGAGGUGUUAGACUACCCGGCUGAGGAUAAAUCCGUUUCUCGUCUUCUGGUGACGAAGACGCGCCAUAAUGAGUUUGAAAAAUACGACAUGUUUAAACCAGGGGGCCCGAUUUACAUGACAGAAAGUACGGAAGUAGAGGAAGCCAUUGACAUACAUUAUUUACGUGUGUGCACAAACUUCGCCGGAAAGAAAUGGCGUCAUGAGGUUGAAUUUAUGUUGGAGGAAGACCCAUGGCCGAUGUGCAAAAUAAUUCCAGUGAAUAACAGGUGUAAAAAGCGUCCGACCAUCACGGUCGUUCGGGAGCUUGGAAUAAGCCUCCCGUGUCGCUACAUGGGUGCGAGCUGGCGGGAGACGCUUGCUGGGCUGUUCGUCUGGUCUUUGCGGACGCAUGUCGUCUGGCUUGUUUUUGAGCGGCUCCAUGACAAAGUCAAGCUGGCUUUAGACAGGGCAACAGGUCACGUGAAUAUAAAGGAGGUUAUUCACACUGAAUGUCCCAUUGUUUGCAAAACAUUGUUUGAUACUUACGAGCUAUUGUCUACAUUCAUCGCGAAAUGUGAAAACGAGCAGGAUUUGAAGGACCUACUUGAAAUAUUCCUGUCCAUGCACAGAUGUGACGAUGGAAACUGUUCACUCGUCUCGCUUAAGUCGCUGAACGCGGCUCAUGUGCUGCCCGGCAUCCUCUUCCUAUUAGAGAAAACGAUCGCGUGCGCGUCCCCGCAGUUCCGCUACGGACUGACGUCAACCGUCAUGCCCUGGGCCGUCAUGGGCUAUUACUGCUCAGAUCUGAAAAUCAGGAGCCAUCGAAAGAUGGUGAUUUUCAUAAGCCAACUUCCGGGAGUCAACACAGCCCUACACGGACGCCCCGGCUCCCCAAUGUCUCCGGAAAAUGGAAGGGCGCCCAGUUCUGGCUACGGCAGUGCGGCCGUCACCCCUCGCUCCCUCUACAUUAUCCCGCCCUUGUUCCGUCGGCGCCGAGGCUCACAGUUUUCGUCCGUGUCAAGUGUUGACUCACCAUGACAAGGGAAAUUAUGAUUGUCUUCGUGGCUAGCGCGGAAAUCAUAUAGUGAAUCGCUACAAUGGAUUUGAAUGAUCGUGAAUAUACAUAAAUUCAUAUUGAUAUAAUUAUUAGAAGUAGUAUGUUCAUUCUCACAUUCCAAUAUUAUAUCAGAUCAUCAACACUACGUGAGCAUUCGCGCAAAAGCAUGUUGAUCAAGGAUCAACCUUGGGUCUGCAAGGAUCUGUGCGUGUUUUCAAGGCAAGAAAGUUGCAUGUUCGUGCUUGAUUAUCUAUAGCUCACCUGAGCUCGAACUUCGCUAGUGAGCAGUCUGUAUCGUCGUCCGUCAGCUUCCGUCAAUAUUUGGUUUCAAAUUACGUUAUCUCAGAAACUAUAUAUAAACAACUGGCUAAAGCUAGCACAUUAGGUAUAGCACAAUCUGCCAAUAUUGCACAUACAAAAAUGGCGACUCUCGAGUCCAAACUGUCCCCGCCUAAGAGGUCACGGGUUUCAUUCACAGUCAUUUGAUAUUUGAUAGGAAUGAACUACUUACAUUUUGUACUGAGUAAUUGUUUUUGUUGGUGUUUUUGUUGUUAUUAUUUAUAUACAUGUACAACGAAUUAUUAUCUUGUAGGCUUUUACUUUUAUAAACUAUUAGAAUAAAAUUCACUCUUAUGUG